AUGGGCGCGUGCGUGGACGCGGCCCGGCACCGGUUCUGGGACGGCUGGGCGCGGUUCUCGAGGCUGGGCCUCGGCUCGGGCACAGAGGGGCAGCGGCCCCUAGAGGCGUUGGUCCAGAUGGCAGUGCAGAGCGACGUGGGCUGGAGCAAGUAUUCUCCUUUUUGCCCGCCGGACAAGAUCGCAAAGCCGAUCCAGCUGGACCCUCCCGUUCUGGAGGUGGUGCACGGAGACAGGAUCCAGGUUAUAUGGGAGCCUCCCAAGCUCGGUCUGCCGUGCACCGCCUACGCAGUUGCACUGAACGACGGGAAGGUGACGCUGUACUUAGAUGCCAAGGGCGCGCCCCAUGACAACAAGGACAACGCCAGCAUCAUCCCUGCCACGCAGACUUCGAUCAUGGUCCCUCUGCUGCUGGAGAACGUGGCCUACAAGGCGCAGGUGGCCAGCCGGAACAUGCUCGGAUGGGGGCCAUAUUCUAAUUUUAGCCAAACCCAGACAGUGGUGAAGGAGCUGAAGAAGAUGUCGCCAGUCGUGCAGGUACAUCCGAAUCGCUGA